AACAACACUGAAACUACUUUUAUAUCAACUCUGUAUCUGUCAUUUGACAAUUCUCUCUUUUUAUUUUGAGUUGCCAUCGUAAUUUGAAAUACUAACCAACAAUGGGUAGAGUUAUUCGUGCUCAACGUAAAGGUGCUGGGUCCGUAUUCGUUGCCCACACAAAAAAGCGAAAGGGAGCCGCUAAAUUGCGUCCAUUGGAUUAUGCCGAACGACAUGGAUACAUCAAAGGUGUAGUUAAGGAAAUCGUGCACGAUCCAGGUCGUGGAGCUCCAUUGGCUUGCGUUCACUUCCGUGACCCAUACAGAUACAAGAUCCGCAAGGAAAUGUUUAUUGCCCCCGAGGGUAUGUACACCGGUCAAUUCGUUUACUGCGGACGUAAAGCCAACUUACAAAUCGGCAACGUUAUGCCAUUGUCAACAAUGCCUGAGGGAACGAUUGUUUGCAAUUUGGAAGAAAAGACAGGUGAUCGCGGUCGAUUGGCCCGUACAUCUGGAAACUAUGCAACAGUCAUCGCUCACAAUCCAGAAACAAGAAAGACCAGAGUUAAAUUGCCAUCUGGUGCAAAGAAAGUCGUUCCAUCGGCCAACCGUGCCAUGGUUGGUAUUGUUGCUGGCGGCGGUCGUGUGGACAAACCAAUUUUGAAAGCUGGCCGUGCUUACCAUAAGUACAAGGUGAAACGUAACUGCUGGCCAAAGGUACGAGGUGUUGCCAUGAACCCUGUUGAGCAUCCUCACGGUGGUGGUAACCAUCAACACAUUGGUAAAGCUUCGACCGUUAAACGAGGCACAUCUGCCGGUCGUAAAGUUGGUCUCAUUGCCGCCCGAAGAACUGGACGAAUUCGUGGUGGAAAGGUCGAAACAAAGAAGGAAGCCAAGUAAAUUUAUUGAAACGACUACGGUGGAAUAUGUGACUAUUUUAGUGUUAUUUUGUGGAUCAACGUUUUACUAAAAUAAACACGCUAAAGUUAGUCAAAUGA